GAACGUCCCCGAGCGCACACGGCGUAUAGGAGAGUACGGCGCACGAGUCUCUGGAAGGAAGAUAACGGUUUCUUUUUUUGCCCCCGCUCCACUCAAACAAGAAGAACAAACCAAACCUGCAUUUUAGGGGGGUUUACAGAGUCUUCUCAGUACAAGGAGGGAAGCGAAGGAUUGGAGCCGCAAGUUUUUGUUUUUUUUUUUCGUUUUUUUUUCUCCUUUUUCCUAAAAGAGGGAUUCUGUGUUUCACUGUGGUUUGUUCUCCGCUCUCGCCGCAAAGAUGAUGGUCGGAGAGGUCGAAGUGAAGGAGCGACCGAGGCCGAGUCCCGACUAUUUGAUGCAAUUAUUAAACGAGAAGAAGCUCAUGACCAGCUUGCCAAAUCUCUGCGGCAUCUUCACACACCUGGAACGGCUUCUUGAUGAAGAGAUCAACAGAGUGCGCAAAGACAUGUACAGCGACACAGUGAAUGGCCUUGUGGAAAGACAUCCUAUGGAGCUGCCCGAGCCCCUCGGACCCAUCGUCCACCAGCAGGAAAAACUGUUUGUGCCCGUCAAAGAGUACCCUGACUAUAACUUUGUGGGGAGAAUCCUUGGCCCUCGUGGACUCACAGCCAAACAGUUGGAAGCAGAGACGGGAUGCAAAAUCAUGGUGCGAGGCAAAAGCUCCAUGAGAGACAAGAAGAAGGAAGAGCAGAACAGAGGGAAGCCAAACUGGGAACACUUAAACGAAGACCUUCAUGUCCUGAUCACAGUGGAAGACACACAGGGCAGAGCUGAGAUGAAGAUGAGGAGAGCGGUGGAGGAGGUCAAGAAGCUCCUCGUACCUGCUGCGGAGGGAGAAGACAAUUUGAAGAAGAUGCAGCUGAUGGAGCUGGCCAUUCUCAAUGGGACAUACAGGGACAACAACCUCAAAUCACCCACCCUUGCAUUCUCUCUUGCAGCGGCGGCAGCAGCCGCUCAAGGCCAACGUCUCAUAACCUCCACGGGUCAGGUGUUGCCUCCCCAGGGGCUCCGGCCCCAAACACCCGGUGGGGGCCAAAUCAUGAACCUCAUCCGGCAACCUCAAAUGGCUGCCAUGAUGUCCAAUGGCACCCCCACUCUGGUGCCUCCCUCACCGGAUGGUGGGCUUAUCUACACCACCCCUUAUGAUUACCCUUACGCCCUGGCACCCACCUCCCUGCUGGAGUACCCCAUCGAUCACAGUGGGGUUCUAGGUAAGAGAGCCUGGGCUAGCAUGGGUCCAGCGGGUACAGCCAACUUUGGCCAGCCUGGACACGAGGGCAGCUUUUUUUACCCCGGAGCGGGGAUGCUGGACGCGGCUGCCAUGAGCCACAGUCAGGACUUAUUGAAAGGUGCAAUGGCUUCUAAAGUGAGACGGCAUGACACGCGGGUCCAUCCUUACCAAAGGAUUGUGACCGCUGACAGAGGUCAGUUUAGUCUCCUAUAGCUACACUCUGCUAUUGAUUGAUGAAUUUCAAUGAUUAUUAUGCCUGUUAUGCCUCAAUGCCUUAGUUGGGAAUUUGUAUCUCGUCUGUAUUGUAUUUUGUUUUCCUUUCCCCCUGCCACCUCUCCCACCCCAUACACCCACACACCAGCUAAAUGGUUGAUUGUGGUCUGCACAUUUUGUUUACAUUAAGUACUUAACAUAUACAGUAUAUGUGGAAGGUGUAUAUGUCAAAGCUCAGGCAAAAGUCAUUUGAACAGCUUUUGGUUUUUGCAGCUGUGACACCAGGACAGCUAGUAUUUAGCAGGCAGCGUCCGCAUGUAUAAUGACAUUCCUCUGAUGUGAGAUUAGAGCCUAAAAUGGAGCAGGUUUGUUCCCAUACAUGAUUUAUCUCCGUCGCUCAUAAGGAGCAAAGCAAAAGGAGAAACAUUUCUAUACUGUAUCUGAGACCUGGUAGGCAGAAGACACGUAGCACUGCUGCUACCGCGCAACAUUUCACCUUGAAAAUUUAAAUUUAUUUAGCAUUUUAUUUUUCUAUGGAAGAUAGACACACACAGACAUAAGCUGAGGUAGCUUGCAUUCUCUCCACUGUAUUGCAUAUAGAUUGAAAAAAAUACAUUUAAACAUUUCAGUUGUACAUGAGGUACUGUCAUUUUUAUAUUUGAGCAUUUUAUAUCAAAUGUAUUUAUGGUUCCUGUGUAUAUUUAUAUUAUAUAAAAAAUAUACUGCUAAAUAAAGAGAAAGAAUCGGGAAAGCAUCGAUUCAUCUAUUCAUUGCACAUGUAACACUAGUCACAGUUAUCCCUCACAUAACAUUAGUGAGUCUCCUCACUACUAAUCACACUGUUUGUAACGUGCACUCCAACUUUAAAGACACUAAAACACUA